AUGAUCAGUUGCUCCUCAGACAACCUCGUCACUGGCCUAGGAGCUCCAAGCCAAUCUCUUUCUGGAAGUUUAUCUGAGUCAAUCGGAAAUCUCACAAAUCUCCGACAAGUGUUAUUGCAGAAUAACAAUAUCUCCGGCAAAAUCCCACCGGAGCUUGGUUUGCUUCCCAAAUUACAAACUUUGGAUCUCUCAAACAAUCGAUUCUCCGGUGAAAUCCCUGUUUCAGUCGAGCAAUUAAACAGCCUUCAAUAUCUUGUUGCUGGGAAUCCUUUGAUUUGUAGAAGUAGCCCACCUGAGAUUUGUUCUGGAUCUAUCAAUGCAAGUCCUCUUUCUGUUUCUUUGAGCUCCUCAUCGGGACGCAGGUCUAAUAGACUGGCCAUAGCGCUCGGUGUAAGCCUUGCCUUUGUUGUUUUACUUGUCACUGCUCUCGGGUCCUUUUGUUGGUACCGAAAGAAACAAAGAAGGCUAUUGAUCCUUAACUUAAACGACAAACCAGAGGAAGGGCUUCAAGGACUUGGGAAUCUAAGAAGCUUCACAUUCCGAGAACUUCAUGUAUCUACGGAUGGUUUCAGUUCCAAGAACAUUCUAGGCACUGGAGGAUUCGGUAAUGUGUACAGAGGAAAGCUAGGAGACGGAACUAUGGUUGCAGUGAAACGGUUAAAGGAUAUUAAUGGAACUUCAGGGAAUUCACAGUUUCGAACCGAGCUACAGAUGAUUAGUUUAGCUGUUCAUAGAAAUCUGCUUCGGUUAAUCGGUUAUUGCGCAACUUCUGGUGAAAGGCUUCUUGUUUACCCCUACAUGCCCAAUGGCAGCGUCGCCUAUAAGCUUAAAUCUAAACCCGCAUUGGAUUGGAACAUGAGGAAGAGGAUAGCGAUUGGAGCAGCGAGAGGUUUGUUGUAUCUACAUGAACAAUGUGAUCCCAAGAUCAUUCAUAGAGAUGUCAAAGCGGCUAAUAUUCUCUUAGACGAGUGCUUUGAAGCUGUUGUUGGUGACUUUGGGCUCGCGAAGCUGCUUAACCACGAGGAUUCUCAUGUCACAACCGCGGUUCGUGGCACGGUUGGCCACAUUGCACCUGAAUAUCUCUCCACCGGUCAGUCCUCUGAGAAAACUGAUGUGUUUGGGUUCGGUAUACUCUUGCUAGAGCUCAUAACCGGAAUGAGAGCUCUUGAGUUUGGUAAAACCGCUGGCCAGAAAGGGGCUAUGCUUGAAUGGGUGAAAAAAUUGCACGAAGAGAUGAAAGUAGAGGAAUUGGUGGACCGAGAGCUCGGAACUACAUACGAUAAAAUAGAGGUCGGAGAGAUGUUGCAAGUGGCUUUGCUAUGCACACAAUAUCUUCCGGCACAUCGUCCUAAAAUGUCAGAAGUGGUUUUGAUGCUAGAAGGCGAUGGUUUAGCCGAGAGAUGGGCUGCUUCACAUAACCAUUCACAUUUCUACCAUGCUAACAUCUCUUUCAAGACAAUCUCAUCUUUGUCUACUACUUCUGUCUCGAGGCUUGACGCACAUUGCAAUGAUCCAACUUAUCAAAAGUUUGGGUCUUCGGCUUUCGAUGAUGAAGAUGAUCAACAGCCUUUAGAUUCAUUCGCCAUGGAACUAUCCGGUCCAAGAUAG